UCAAUUUGAUAAAGCUUCAAACAAGAAGAUGUCAUACCCAGAGUUGGAUUGGCGCACGUCCUUCCAAGAGCAAGUCAAAACGAGAAAAAGUCUCUUUGAAAUUGCCUUAGCACCCCGGAAAUCAGUGAGACCUUCGCAAGAAUCAACCGCUUCAAGUCAAACGGAAAUAUGUCUCCCGAAAACAUUCAAAUUUCAAUUUAUUCAAGAACUUCACGUUUACCUGCGGGAGCCGAAAGAACUUGAAGCGCUACUUCAGGAGGCUCAUAUCAAAAUUGAUCAUUUGCACGAGCUUGAAUCGCGUCCGCAGCUUAUUUCAAGCAAAUCCUUCCUACCGCUGGAAUGGUUCGACGACUUUGAGUAUGAUCCAAUGUCGCCGGAACGGUGGCUCUCCAUUGAAAACCUACAAGGAUUUGCGCUGGUUCAGGACAGCGAAUCGCUACAAUGGGCAUGGAGGUUGGUAACAGUGGUUGAUUAUGACAUAAGUGCCUUCCUGUGGACUGUUCAGGGCAGUUUUGAAACCUGGAAGGUUCCACGUAUCAGAUUGUACAUUGUCCAUGAGGACCCGGUGUGUUUCUGUGAGCGAAUCGGUUCAGCCCUAAACAGUCGGAGUGACGCCGAAAACCGUCUUAGAUUCUACUAUCUGCGGCAGUUGGUGGAUGUGGAAGGGUACUUUGACCUCUCAAGUGACAUGGCAGAACGCUUCUCCAAAAAGUCCAGCGAGGAUGCUUUGGCAGCAUUCAAGUUCCUGUUCCGAAAGUUUCAAAUCAUGCUGUCGUUGAACAUAUGCCUGGUACAGAAUGAGUGGCUGAAUAUUAAACCUAUUCCGGGUGUAGUGGAGCGGAUUCCACCAUCACGCGUAGACAACGUUCGCAACCUAUACAGCUUCGAGUCGUCGUUCAGCUUAAUCAAGAGAAUUAUCAUGUUCAGUCAUCCGGCAGUUUCAAACGCGCUCGAACAGGUCCAUCGUGAGUGUGAAAAAGUGCGGGAGCUGUCCCUGUUCUCGUUAGAUUCCAGUGAUCCCAUCACCCUUGCUGAGUUCAAAACUACCAAUGAAGCCCAGCUGGUGAAGACGAUGCGGUAUUUAAAGAACAACUGGAUCGAAAAAACUACAAUGCAGGUCCACCAAAAUCUCCUCAAAGCCGGAAGAGGCUGGUUCGACGUUGCAGUGGACGAUUGGACAGUCUACCAGUCAAUGAAGCUUUAUCGGCUCACGGAACAGAUAAAGUACAGAAUGCAAACCGCUCUACGGGACUUGGUUCUAAGCUCAACCGACGCGUACUUUCAUCGCUUGUGUGAUCCCUGCGUGUUGGCUCUAACGAUUGAGGAAGACUACAUUUGGGAGGAGAAUUUGAUAGAUUCUCCGUUUGAUUCUGGACUUCGGCCAGUGUUUUACUUGCUGUUGGAGAUGGGAGAUGACGUUCCUUAUUAUUCCACGGAUCCGGACGAAUUCGAACCAUGUCUGAAAAUACUGUUUGAAGAAGCCGUCGCAUGUACCCAUGAUGUACACCAGAUCGAACCGUCUCUUCUUGGAUCGUUAAUUUUUGAUCCGUACAUAUUCCUAUCUUCAAUGGGGCUGAUGGAUCCCGUCAUUGAACAACGGAGGGUUUUCCUAACGCUAGCUUAUCAGAAAACUAUCAUUCCAUUGAAGGCCUACGCUGCUCGAUACCUACAAUUCAAGGAACUGUUCUUCACAAAUGUAGUGGAGUACGUAGAAGACGUUCGAACGAAUAAGACAUCACUGCAGGUCAAGGAAGAGAUCUCUUUUCAAAUACGUAUGCGUGAAAGCUUGGAGCGAACUCUACCCUUGAGUAUAGUUAUUGGAUCGUUUUGGAUCAAUGUACGGCCACUUCGUGAAGCACUCAUUCAAAAACGUCAAGAUCUUACAGCUGCACUGCUGAAAAUGCUCACCGAACGGCUUUGCACCAAAACGUCUGAUGUCGUUGGCGAAUAUAAUGAAAUUAAUGAGAAAAUGUGCGAAAAACCUGUUUCCAUCGAACAUAUUUACGAUAUCCGCGAGUUUAUGGAAAAUAUACCGGAUUUGCUGCAAAACCUAGAAGAUCGCAUGAAGACGAUUGUGUUCGAAUACGAAAUCUUGGAGUUUUUCCGUCACGCUCUUCCCGAUGCAGAUUUCUAUCAAAAGUGGCACGCUUUGGCAUUUCCGCAAGCAAUUAUGAAGCAGAUGGUCGCUGUUCAAGAGUUCCAUGAAAGCGAAGUGGACCGAUUCAGAAAACAGCAAGUCAGCGAUGAGGUGGAGUUUGGCGGAAAAGUUGAAGGAGUUAAUGUGUACAUUUCAAAGUUCACGACAAUCUACGACGUUGCUAAGGUGGCGGAAAUUUCAAUUGAAGUGAAGAAACUUUGGAAAACGAUCAAUGAAUUGAUUCAGAACGGAGAAACACUGAACAAACGUCAAGAGCUGUUUGAACUGGCUGCAAUUGAUUUGUCCAAUUUGUUUGAGUUGAAAGAAAGUUUCGAAAGCUACAAAAAAUUGUGGACUUUUGCAGCCGAGUAUAUCAAUGUGGAGGAAAGUUGGAGAGAGAAUCCAUUAUCCAGCUUGGAAGUUGGUACUAUCGCCAAAACAGUAGAUUAUUAUAGAACAUCUUUCCAGAAACUGUUGGAUUCAUUCAAUGAGCAACCCCAAAUAGGAGAAGUAGUGCAAAUAUUCUUGGAAAGAGUUCAAACAUUCGAACCACAUCUGAAAAUUAUCGAACUACUGCAACAUCCACUAUUGGAACCGAUUCAUUGGGCUCAGCUUGCUAGAGCUGCUGGUAUCAAAGUAAAAGUAUCACUGGCCACCAAUUUUCAAUUAUUCUUAGAACACAACAUCCAUCAAUAUUUGGAAGUACUUUGCGACCUUAUCCAGAGGGCCCAGGAGCAAAAAGAAGAAACGGAAAGGAUUGAAGCCGAACAAGAGGAAACCAGACGCAAGGAACAAGAAUAUCAGCGCAACAGGGAGAUGAGACGCUUGCUAAGGACGGAAAUUUGAUUUAUUGUUUCACUUCAGUUGAAAAUAAAAAAGGCCCAAGUUAUGAAUAA